AUGAUGCGAGCUAUGGUGUUUGAAGCUCCUGGAAGCGCUCUCAAGCUCACGGAGCUCCAGAUUCCAGAGUCUCGCGACGGCCAGGUCCGCGUCAAGGUCUCGGCGUGCGCUGUUUGCCGCACGGAUCUUCAUGUGAUCGGGCGAGGCGUGGAUUCCUUGCUGUUUUCAAUUGGAGCUAGAGUGGGAAUUCCUUGGCCGGGAAGAACUUGCGGGAGCUGCAGCUACUGUGUGGAUGGAGCUGAGAAUUUGUGUGACGAGCCAGGCUUCACAGUGCCUACUGCUUCUCCCUUCCGGAGAAUUACCCGGACGUGA